AGAAAAAAAGCACUCAACAAAAUAAAAUUUUACAUCAAAGGAAGCGAUGGAAGUUGAAAUUUUUUCGAAAUGGCAUUGAAGUCACAUUAUAGAAAAAAUCGCUUUUACAUUCAGAAGUCGAUAGAUUUAAUUUAAUAAAGCAAAAAAAAAGGAAAGUGUGUUAAAAAAAAUCAUUGCGCUGAACAUACAAAAAAUCGCAGAAAACAAGAGCAAUUCAAGUACGUAUGUGUGUUUUUAUGUGUAAGUGGUUGUUGAGCAUCCCACAAGCAUGUAGAUACAUUUAAAUGAAUUUUUUUUGUCAACUACACACUCAUCGGCGUUAAUAAACUCAUCGAUAAUACGUAAGAAAGGAAAGAAAAUACAAGGAUAUACAUAAACAUUCCUUAAAAAAUAAAUGUGUAAAAAAGAAAAUAAAAGAAAAAAUAAGUAUAAAAAUAAAAUCUCUUACUAAUAUUCUAAUCCUGUAAAAUUUUUACAAUUCCGCCAAAAUUGCCACACUUUUGAGACACUAUUCGAGAAAAGUAAUUAAUAGUGUAUUAAAUACGUGUCCAUUAAAAGAUUGCCCAAUUUAUAAAUUUGAGUGAAGGCUUACCGCCAACUUUUCAAACAAUUGAAAACUUUUCUUUUUGACGUUUAUUUUUCGGUUAACAUUUUUGAAUAGUUACAUACGUACAGCUUCUCUGGGAGAAGCUUUAAUGGUUGGAUAUUUUUUUACAUAUUAUUUUACACUGCAUAUUUGUAACAAAAAUCUUAUAAACAAACAUCAUGAAAACUAUAGACGAGCAAUCGAACAGUGAAAUGUCUAUGUUAUCACCAUUCACACCGGUUAAUAUACGUAUUUGUCUUGUUGGUGAAGUAGCCGAAGAUGAGUCAUGCUGCGAAGCUGCCCGAACAUUUGGCGUUCCCGUUGUGACCUCAGAAACCGGCCUGGAGCUAAUUAACGAUUAUGCUUGGCGAACGCAUUUUAUUUUAAAAGAUUUUGAAACUGCUCUCUACAGCGCAAUACAUAAAAGCAAACAAUGCAUUUUGGGUCCGCCAGCUUUAAUACAUGCCGCCGCUGCGAAAGGUGAUCUCAAACGAAACGCACGGCCCAUUUAUAAUUAUGCAAUGGAUGGCGUUGUAACGUGUUUCACGGGCGUACGUAAGAAGGAUGAAUUGACAAAGCUGGUGAAUUUAAUUCAUUCUAUGGGCGGUGGUAUACGCAAGGAUAUGAAUGCCCAAAUUACCCACUUAAUAAGUACGCACAGCAGUGGUGAUAAAUAUGUAUAUGCUAAAACAUUUCGUUUAACCGUGGUUAGGCCAGCUUGGGUAUAUGCCGCUUGGGAACAACGUGAUAAGCCUGGAUUUCGUGCCAAUACCGAAGAAUUUUCAAGUGAACAUAAGCUAAAAGCGUUUGAAGGACAGAAAAUUUGCUUUUUUGGUUUCCCUGCCGAUGAACACGAACAUAUGGUCGAAGUAUUGGAAAGCAACGGCGGCAUACCUGCGGAAUUAGAUGAUCCUGAGUGUUCACAUGUUGUCAUGCCUAAAACGGGUGGUCAUUUUUCUGAACUUUUCUCUCUUACUACUACUGACACCGCAGCUACUACUAACAUUUCCAAAAAUUUUCAAAUUAACCCUUUUCCCAAACAAUUCCAUAAUUUUCAAAAUUGCCCAAAUCAAAGCAUUGUUGAAGAAAUGGAAGUUGAUAACGAGUUGGAAGCAGAAAAUAAUAACAGUAAUCAAGGUAAUAAAAAUAAUGAAGAAGAUAAAGAUGAAGAUGAUGAUGAUGAAGUUGACGACAAUUUCGAUGAACGUCUGGCUUUCGACUUUGAGGACAAUUUAAAAGCAUAUGCGGCAGAAAAAGAAGCAGAAGACAAUCUUGUUAGCGAUUUGCUUAAUUUGGAUUCAGAAAAUUUAGAAAACGCUUUCCAGUUAUCUCAUGAUUUAAAAAUAACAACCCUUGCCAGUACGCCGAAAUCUUCUAAAGUGCAUGUAAUUAGGAAUGAUUUAAAGGUUUCGCCCUUUAAAAAGGACACGAAAUGUGUUUUACAAGAAUUUCGCAAUAUAUCCUCGAUAUAUGUUGAUACUAAAGACUGCACUCAAUCGGACAGUAAUAAGCACCGACAAGUUAUGGAUUUUUCCAUAACGACAGACAUAGAUGAUCUGGACCAAAAAGAUGAGCAUCAUAUACCUAAAAAGACAUUGAAACGCAAAUGUGGCAAUUCCGACGUUUCCUUGACGUCAGGUGAGUCGUCCGCUAUGCCUUCAAGUAAUAAAAAACCGAAAUUAUCGCACAUUGAUUCUAUAAAACGUACUUUUAAACGUUCGAUGAGUUUUGUGGCCGAACGUACGCCUAUCGCUAAAAUGCUCUCGUUACGACGCAGCACAGUGGACACGAUAAUGGAUGAUAGACUAAAUUUUGAGGAAGACGAGAUUACCGAAAAGGAUGACGAUUCGCCAUGCUCUAUAGCCUCAGUUCAAAGCACUUUUAAUCAAUCGGUACGCAAACCGGUAAAAGACAAAUUGCGCAAUUUUAAAAAUCGCUUGGCGCGUAGCAGCGGCCGCAAAGAAAAAGGCGCUUUCAAUAGUAUUAAUGAAUUAUCGAAAAAGACUGUACCGGAUGGAUUACAAGCGGAAAAGGAGGAAUUCAAAACGCCGAAAGCGCCUAAAAUAAUGUGCGAUCGUGCAAGUACGCUUUCUGCUUCAAGAAAACCUUUAUCAACCUCUGCUUUUAAAAGCCGGAAUACAUCCGUCCAUUUUGCCGAUUCCCCUUGUAAUUCCCCAUCAACCUCUCUUUCUGCACUCGCUAGUCAAAACAUUGGUCUAGGUUCUACUCUUUCCUUUAACACACUAUUAACAUCCCCCUGUACGAAUGUUGAUACUGCCUUGAGUCCCGGCAAACAAAUAUACCCUAUUCAUCGGGAACCAAAUGAUACUCAAGAUACAAAAUAUCCAACGCUGAGCGUAGAAAUUGGAGAGCAAAUACAAAAUGAAUUGUUGUGCGUAGCAGACCAAGCGACAACGGUGGUUGACGAACACGCCACGCAAGUCAAGCCCGAAACAAGGAACCAACAAACUCAUAUUCUCAAAUCCGAUUGGUUCUGGUACACGAUUCAAAACGGGUACGCUCACGAAAAAGAGUAUCUGUUCGGCGAUUAUUUGCAUAGUAUUGCGAAUACUCCAAAUACGGAUCGUCGUGAUUCUCUGCCAAUUAGUUUUAAUAAUCGGAAGCGUAAACAUUUCCUGCAAUCGGAGGGUUCACCAUCGGCUUCAAAACAACGUCAUUCGUCGGAUGCUCAUCUCCUAUCGGUAUCAUCUGGCAGCUUCUUUGAUUGUACUAGCAGUCCCGAUAAAUUGGAAACUGGAAUAAUUUUGAACGAACCUGAGAGUUCAGUAUGCGAAGAAACGCCCGCGAAAAAGUGCUCGAUGCGUUUCAACCAUUUUAUGGAGUUUUAUACUACAGAAUCAAAUUACGUUGGUAUAUUGGACACAAUUGUCAAUCUCUUCAAAAAUCCUUUAGAAAUGAGUGUAAAAAAUAAUGAUGCUUUACUAAGUAAAUCUAAAAUAAAAGCCAUUUUUGGUAAUUUUCUGCCCAUACAUGAGGUGCAUCAGAGUAUGCUGGAACGUUUGCGUGCCAUACAUGCUAAAUGGUCGGAGGAUUGUUUGAUCGGUGACAUUAUACUGCAACAUCGUGAUGAUUUAAUUAAAGCCUAUCCGCCCUAUGUGAAUUUCUUUGAGCAAAUGAAAGAGACUUUAAUCCAAUGCGAUCAAGAGUAUCCCCGGUUUCAUGCUUUCUUAAAAAUUAAUCAAAUUAAACCGGAAUGCGGACGUCAAAGAUUGCAGGACUUAAUGAUACGUCCCGUACAACGUCUACCUAGUGUUAGUCUAUUAUUGAAUGAUAUACUUAAGCAUACGAGUAAGAGCAAUCCUGAUUAUUUACCUUUGGAGGAAGCUUUGAAAGCGAUUAAAGAAGUUACGAUGCAUAUUAACGAAGAUAAACGUAAAACAGAAUCCCGGAUAGCUAUCUUCGAUAUAUUUAAUGAUAUUGAAGAUUGUCCGGCUCAUCUCGUAUCUUCGAAUCGUAUGUUUAUAUCGCGAUGCGAAGUAAAUGAACUGACAAAUAAUUUAAGUGGGCGGGGUGAUAGCUUGAUGCUAUACUUAUUUUCUGAUACAAUUGAGGUAUGCAAGAAGCGUUCACGUUUCAAUAGCGCCAAAUCCCCCGGUAGCACAAAAACACAUAAACAUGUUAAACUUAUUUCGUUGAAUGCCAUAUAUUUUGUUAUCGAUAUAACGGAUAGUCCGCGUGCUUUUGCUUUAUUAUGCGGUCAUGACAAGGAUAACUUAUACUCAUUUAACAUUGCUGAUGAGGAGGUUGAUAAGGUGAUCUACUUGAAAGCACUAUGUAAACAAAUGGCAGAAAAUGCAUGCCGCACUGACACGAAUAAGCCUUUACUGUGUCGCACUUCGCAGGAGUUGGACGUCGAUAUUAGCGACAUUAAUUUGAGUACAUUGUCCAAGGCUUUCAAAUUAGCCGCACGGACACGUCUAAAGGUUGGGCGGGCGUUUUCCUUUAAUAAAACGCCAUCGAAAUUGAAACGUGCCGUUUCUACAAUGAUGACACCGCCCUUUGGGAGUACUAGUUCUUUAACACCGGCUUCACAACUGGCGCAAAUGAGAUUGGCCAGUUGUACCAAUAUUCAUGAAGUCACACAGGAGGACACUUGCGAUGAUAUAUGCAAUCAUUCACCCGCGCCGCGUUCCGUUCAACCAACACGUAGAAUCAAAUUUUCAACAUUCGGUAGUGUGGGUCGCAUUUAAACAAUUUUAACGCUUUACUUAAUGUAUAAUAUCUAUCUCUACUUCGACAGAAUGAUUCGGGAUUUAUUUAUUACAUAAAAAGAAAAUAGCAUUGCCUUGACGAACACUUUAAAUUUUUGGUAAUCUAUCUAAAGGCAUAUACAAAAAUGAAUGAAGUGAACAACUGGAUGUAAAAUACAUAGACUUUUUCUCAAAAAGAUUGUUACAAAAUAUGUUUUUUAAAGAUAUUUUUAUUUAAGAUGUGUUAUAUAUAUUAUAGAUUUUAGAUUUUUACAGAAUUUUUUGAAUUCGAUAUUCGUUUUGUAUAUAUAAUAUCGUCGCCAUAAUUGGGCUUUUCAUGUUCAAGAAUUGUUUUUAUAUAAUUCAAAAAUAUUUUUU